AAGCGGCGCACACUGUCGCAAGGUAUCAAUGUUGUGACGGGUCAAAGAGAUCUAGCUAGGUACCUAAUCGUCGCCUUGAUCGUGCUGAAUUUAAAAGUAAAAGGUAGCUAGCUAUGCAUGCUAUUGAUCUCUGUUUGACAACCGCUACCGGUCCAACAUACAUCGGCUUGCAGUGAAAAGGAACAUCGAUUGUGUUCUGACUGCGCGUGUCACGAAACAAGUCAAGACUGGGAUUCUAGUGUCCAUCAAAGUGGACACCAUUUUAUCAAGGAUAGCUAGCUAGCUAGUUUAUUCCAAAUCGGCUAAAAACACUGGCCUUCGCAUUGUGAAUGGGUUUGCGAUAGCAAACUACUGCUGCAGAAGAGGGGAGCGCGUCAUCCAGUAAAAUGGAAACGGCAGAUGAAGCAGAUAUAUGUCGUGUGUGUCGUUCGGAGGCGACCCCAGACAAGCCCUUGUACCACCCCUGUGUAUGCACCGGCAGUAUUAAGUUCAUUCAUCAGGAAUGUUUGGUCCAGUGGCUGAAGCACAGCAGAAAGGAGUACUGUGAAUUAUGCAAGCACAGAUUUGCUUUCACACCAAUUUACUCCCCAGACAUGCCCCCCCGCCUGCCCAUCCAGGACAUCUGUGCUGGCCUGCUGACCAGUGUGGGCACGGCCAUACGAUACUGGUUUCACUACACACUGGUAGCCUUCGCAUGGCUGGGGGUGGUCCCCCUCACUGCAUGUCGAAUCUACAAGUGUCUGUUUACCGGCUCCGUGAGCUCGCUCCUGACGCUGCCAUUGGACAUGCUUUCCACAGAGAACCUGCUGGCGGACUGUCUACAGGGCUGUUUCGUGGUGACGUGUUCGCUGUGUGCUUUCAUCAGCUUGGUGUGGUUAAGAGAGCAGAUUGUCCAUGGUGGUCCCCCCCUGUGGCUGGAGCACCACCAGCAGCCCCAGCCCAACGCAGCUGGACAACAGCCCAACGAGGCUGCAGGUGCAGGUCAGGGAGCAGCUGAUGACCCCCCUGCAGCCCCCCCUGCCCCCGCCGCCCCUCCAGCUCACAACGAGGCAGAGCCAGAGCCCCCAGACGGCCUCCCAGAACAGGGGGAGGAACCAGAACUAGACAAUGAGGAAGAGGCGGCGGCGGCUGAAGAUGCGGACGCCAACAAUGGAGCUCAAGAUGAUAUGAACUGGAAUGCUCUAGAAUGGGACAGAGCAGCAGAGGAGCUCACCUGGGAGAGGAUGCUUGGACUGGAUGGCUCCUUGGUGUUCUUAGAGCAUGUGUUCUGGGUUGUGUCUCUGAACACCCUCUUCAUCCUGGUGUUCGCGUUCUGUCCAUACCACAUUGGUCACUUCUCUGUCGUGGGACUUGGCUUUGAGGAAUAUGUUCAAGCUUCCCAUUUCGAGGGCCUGAUCACGACCAUCGUGGGGUACAUCCUGCUGGCCAUGACGCUCAUCCUCUGUCACGGGUUUGCUGCUCUGGUCAGGUUCCAGAGGUCCCGCCGUCUACUAGGGGUCUGCUAUAUUGUUGUCAAGGUCUCUUUGCUGGUUGUCGUGGAGAUAGGAGUUUUCCCCCUCAUCUGUGGCUGGUGGCUCGACAUCUGCUCUUUAGAGAUGUUUGAUGCGUCUCUGAAGGACAGAGAGCUGAGUUUUAAGUCUGCUCCAGGCACCACCAUGUUCCUCCACUGGCUGGUGGGAAUGGUCUACGUCUUCUACUUCGCAUCCUUCAUCCUCCUACUGAGAGAGGUGCUGAGGCCUGGGGUCCUGUGGUUUCUGAGAAACCUGAACGAUCCAGACUUCAACCCAGUCCAGGAGAUGAUCCACCUACCUAUCUACAGACACAUCCGCAGGUUCAUCCUGUCUGUGGUGGUGUUUGGUUCUAUCGUCCUCCUGAUGCUGUGGUUGCCCAUCAGGAUCAUAAAGGUCUUCCUCCCUGCCUUCCUCCCCUACAACGUCCUCCUCUACAGUGAUGCCCCAGUCAGUGAGCUCUCUCUAGAGCUGUUGCUGCUGCAGGUGGUUCUGCCAGCUCUCCUAGAGCAGGGUCACACACGGCAGUGGCUCAAAGGUCUGGUCAGGACCUGGACUGUUAGCGCUGGAUACCUACUAGACCUCCACUCUUACCUGCUGGGUGAACAGGAAGACAAUGAGGCCAACCAGCCUGUCAACAACAACAACAACAACAACAACCCUGCUCCCGGUCACCAUAACAACAACCCUGCUCCCGGUCACCAUAACAACCCCGCCCAUGUUGUUGGGGAGGGGCUUCAUGCAGCCCAUCAGGCCAUAUUACAGCAGGGUGGACCUAUAGGCUUCCAACCCUACCAACGCCCUCUACGCUUCUCCUUUAGGAUCGUCUUGCUGAUAGGCUUUAUGUGUGUCACUCUGCUGGUGGCCAGCCUGGUGUGUCUGACGUUACCAGUUUUUGCGGGCCGUUGGCUGAUGUCGUUCUGGACGGGUAGCUCUAAGAUCCAUGAGCUGUAUACAGCAGCGUGUGGUCUGUACGUGUGCUGGCUGUCCAUCCGCGGUGCCACCGUGCUGUUGGCCUGGAUGCCCCAGGGACGCACCAUCAUCAUGAUCAAAGUCCAGGAGUGGAGCCUCAUGAUUCUGAAGACCCUGGUAGUAGCAUUGCUGGUGGCAGGUGUUAUUCCUCUACUGCUGGGCCUGCUGUUUGAGCUGGUCAUCGUUGCUCCGCUACGCGUUCCUCUGGACCAGACACCUCUCUUCUACCCUUGGCAGGACUGGGCUCUGGGGGUGCUCCAUGCCAAAAUCAUUGCUGCCAUCACCCUCAUGGGUCCCCAGUGGUGGCUGAAGUCUGUCAUAGAACAGGUGUAUGCUAACGGCAUCAGGAACAUUGACCUCCAUUUCAUUAUCCGUAAGCUGGCUGCCCCUGUCAUCUCAGUGCUGCUGCUGUCCCUGUGUGUCCCCUACAUCAUAGCAGCCGGUGUCGUACCUACCGUAGGUGUGACUCCGGAGAUGCAGAUUCUGAUACAGAGGAGGAUCUACCCAUUCCUCCUGAUGGUUGUGUCCAUCAUUGGCAUCCUCUCCUUCCAGAUACGACAGUUCAAACGCCUUUACGAACACAUCAAGAACGACAAGUACCUGGUUGGGCAGCGGCUUGUCAACUAUGAACGCAAGGCAAGGGGAGCCAGCUCUGUCCCGCCCCCUAACCAUAUCCCAGAGUAGUCAUGUUUGUGUGAGGUCAACGCUUUUGGAAACGACCCUUCUCGUGUUCUCCCUCCCUCUCUCGUUCUCUCAGUGGUGUUCAUGCCUUGCUUUGGUUAAGUGCAACCUGAGAAUUGUACAUGUGUAAAUACUUUGGAUGCAGACUCGGUUGUCUGAAACGUAAAAGACUUGAUUUAAUGCAAUCACCAUUGUACAUCUUAAAGUGUAUUUAUGAAAUCAAACUGACAAUUUGCCUCCUGUUUGUGUCCUGUUGAUUGUCAUGUUAUAAAAUUGUACAUUAAAAAAAAGUUUUUACGUAA